AUGGACCGCGCCGAGAUCAGGCACGAGACCAAUAUGCCGGGGAAGGCCGGAGGGGUGCAAGAUGGUAAACUGGGUGGGCAAUUUGGAGAGGGUGAAGGUGUGGUGAGGGAUACGGGCGUGUAUCCGGCAGCGCCCGCGAUGCAAGGCUCCGGGAUGGACCAAAGCAAAUUCCACAAUGGCCCGUUUGAAAGGCCGGGGCGGAUCAUUGGACUGGUGUGUAUCUCGAGUAUGUGA